AUGCCGGAGAAGCCUAUAUUCGGAAAAUAUGAGCUAGGAAAGCUACUCGGUUGUGGUGCAUUUGCCAAAGUGUACCACGCUAGAGAAAUCAGCAACGGAAAGAGCGUCGCAAUCAAAAUAAUUAACAAGAGUAAUAUUUUGAAUAAAGAUGGUAUUCUCAACAAUAGAAUCGAGCGCGAGGUGUGCAUUAUGCGGCAGCUGCAACAUCCGUACAUUGUUAGACUCUAUGAAGUGCUUGCUACGAAGACGAAGAUCUAUUUCGUUAUGGAAUACGUGAAAGGAGGCGAAUUAUUCAACCAGAUCUCCAGUAAAAGCCGAUUCACUGAGGAUCUCAGCCGGAAAUGCUUUCAGCAAUUGAUUUCCGCGGUUAAUUACUGUCAUUCACGUGGAAUUUACCAUCGCGAUUUGAAACCUGAGAAUGUUCUAAUUGACGAAAAUGGAGAUCUGAAAGUUUCCGAUUUCGGGCUUAGUGCUACAACGGAUCAAAUUCAAUCAUUCGACGGGCUUCUACAUACGGUUUGCGGAUCUCCGGCGUAUGUAGCACCGGAGGUUUUGACGAUUAAAGGAUACGACGGAGCUAAAACAGAUAUCUGGUCAUGUGGAAUUAUGCUAUUCGUGAUGAUCGCCGGUUACUUCCCGUUCUACGAUCAGAAUCUGAUGUUAAUGUACAAAAAAAUCUACAAAGGCGAAUUCCGGUGCCCGAAAUGGAUCUCUCCGGACGGUAAGCGGAUUCUAUCUCGUCUUCUGGAUGUAAAUCCGGCGACCAGAAUUACGAUCGAAGAAAUCAUCAGAGAUCCAUGGUUCAGAAAGGGAUUGAAAUUUAUCAAAUUCUCAGAAGAGGAAGAAAAUAGUAAGAUAAAUUCGUUAACAAAUUCUCUGAAUGCGUUUGAUAUAAUUUCGUUCUCCCAGGGAUUAGACAUUUCUGGAUUGUUCAAAUCGAACAAUCCGGUGGAUGAUUUGGAGAGGAUAGUGGUGGAAGAGUCGCCGGAGAGUGUAAUUGAGAGAAUUGAAGAGGUAGGGAAGAAGGAGAAUUUCAGGAUGAAGAAGAAAAAAGAUUGGGGAAUCGAUAUGAAAGUACAAAACGGUAAAUUAACAAUGAAUUUGAAUUUGAACGUAUAUCGAUUGAUCGAACGAUUAACAGUCGUCGAAAUUCAAAAAAUUGAUGGUAAUGAUGAUUUGUAUAAAGACGUAUGGAGGAAUAAAUUGAAGCCCGUAAUUUUGAGCCAACGCGGAACAGAGCUUCACAUUUCCGACAGCUAA